AUGGGCAGGAGUAAGCGCCCCUUCCCGCCUUUCGCCUUCGAUCGUCCCCCUUGCAGGCGUCGUCCCGGGUCCCAUGGGACCCUCACCGCCUGCGCCAGGUCACCGCCGCCCCCUCCUGUCUGGAUCCUGGCCCAGGCCGGCCCUUUGCCCUCUGCAGAUCCGCCUGUGCCAGUCACAGAAGAUCUUAUUAGACGGAAUGCAGAACACAAUGACUGUGUGAUUUUUUCCCUGGAGGAACUGUCCUUGCAUCAGCAAGAAAUAGAAAAACUAGAACAUAUUGACAAGUGGUGCCGGGAUUUAAAAAUUCUCUAUCUUCAAAAUAAUCUUAUUGGAAAAAUUGAAAAUGUUAGCAAACUCAAGAAACUUGAAUAUUUGAAUUUAGCUUUAAAUAACAUUGAAAAAAUAGAAAAUUUGGAAGGAUGUGAAGGGCUGACAAAACUAGACUUGACUGUAAAUUUCAUUGGAGAGCUGAGCAGCAUUCAAACCCUGCGGCACAACAUCCACCUGAAGGAGCUCUUCCUCAUGGGGAACCCCUGCGCUGACUUUGACGGCUACAGGCAGUUCGUGGUGGCAACUCUUGAACAAUUGAAGUGGUUGGAUGGUAAAGAAAUAGAGCGUUCGGAAAGGAUUCAGGCCUUGCAGAACUAUCCAGUAAUUGAGCAACAAAUCAGGGAGCAGGAAAAAGCCUACUGUCUCAAACGAGCCAAAGACAAAGAAGAGGCUCAGAGGAAACUCCAAGAAGAACAUGAAAAUGAAGGCAAGAAGAGAAGUAACCCAGGCUUUGAUGGACACUGGUGCACAGACAUCAGUGCUACUCUCCCAUCUCUAGAAAGCAAACACCACUUCCAGGCACCAGAAAUACAAGAGGAGCACAACAAAAAUAAAAUAGAUGAAAGUGAAGAUGACCUGGAAUUCUGGAAUAAGCCCUCUUUGUUUACUCCUGAAUCUAGACUGGAAACUCUUAGACAUAUGGAAAAACAACGGAAAGACCAAGAAAAAUUAAGUGAAAAAAAGAAGAAAGUGAAACCACCCAGGACUUUGAUCACUGAAGAUGGGAAAGCCUUGAACGUAAAUGAGCCCAAACUUGACUUCUCUUUGAAAGAUGAUGAAAAACAUAACCAGAUCAUCCUGGACCUUGCUGUCUAUAGGUAUAUGGAUACCUCUUUAAUUGAUGUUGAUGUGCAGCCAACUUAUGUGCGAGUAAUGGUCAAAGGAAAGCCGUUUCAGCUUGUCCUUCCUGCAGAAGUCAAACCUGACAGCAGCUCUGCUAAAAGAUCUCAGACAACAGGACAUUUGGUAAUCUGCAUGCCUAAGGUAGAAGAAGUGAUUGCAAGUGGUCGACAAACAUCCAAGAAUGCGAGAACUAGCUUGAACAGCAGCAGAGAGCAAACAAGCAGAAGAAAUAAGCAAAUCGAGAAACUAGAAGUAGAUCCUAGCAAGCAUUCGUUCCCUGAUGUGACUAACAUAGUCCAAGAGAAAAACCACACACCCAGAAGGUUGGGAUCUGAACCCAAAAUUAUACCAAGUGAGGAAGACCCAGACUUUGAAGAUAACCCCGAAGUGCCUCCACUGAUUUGA